AUGUCACUUUUAAAAAGAAAGAUUUGCGCAAUCCUUUCGCUUUUUCUUGUGCUUAUAUUUUUGACAAUAAAUAUUACAGUCCCAGUUAUUCUGAAAAAAUCACAUGACGCUGGAAUAAGUGAAAACGAUACCUUUGUGGAAACAACGACAAGUACCUCUAUUCUAACAACAGAUAAAACAUUGCUAGAGGAAUCGGCAACUACAACAUUUGAGAAAUUUCACAGUUCGACGGCUCAAACCACGGUUUCUGAUAUUCAAUCAACAACUCAACGAAUAACAAACCCUUCUGAAAGUCCAUCAUCAACGACUUUUAGCUCGAAUCGUAAAACGACAGACAGGACGAGUCAGGUUUCAACGACAACAGAACUGACAACAAAUGAAACAACAAGACCAACGACGAGCCCAACAACAGACCUGACAACAGAUGCGACAACAAAUCCAACGACAGACUCGAAACCAGAGCCAACAACUAAUCAAGCGAUAGAUCCAACAGCGGACUCAACAACUGACCAAACGAUUAAGCCAUCAACGAAUCCAACAACGAAAACAACAGCGGGCCUAACAACGAUUCCAUCAAUAAAUUCCACGACAAAUGCAGCAAGAAAUCCAACGACGGAACCGACAACGAAUCCAACAACAAAUCCCACGACAAACUCGCCAACAAACCUGCCAACGAUUCAAACGAGUCGUCUAACAACGACCUUUGCCGAAACAACAACUACCAUUGAGACUCCAACAACAGUAAGCUUAGCAAUCAAUGGCUUGUGUCCAAUUUUCGCUUGCCAAAAUGGUGGGCACUGCGUUGAUGACAAAAUUUGCCAUUGUCCGGAAGGUUUUGGUGGCGACUAUUGCGAGCAUGGAUCUUGCCAAGUAACGGGUUGCAGCGACCAUGGCGACUGCGAGCUUGAUGGGGGGAUUUACAAAUGCAAAUGUCAGGAGGGCUGGUACGGUUCAGAAUGCCAGUCUGAUAAUUCCUGCUUUGAAAAUCACUGCAAAAAUGAUGAAGUUUGUUUUCUCCAUCAAAAUGGCAAUGCUGAAUGUCGUCCUAACGACAUUGGAUUCAAGAAUAAAAAAGAUAAGAAAUAUGCAUAUUGCGGACUUCGGAGUGAAAACAUGCUCGUUUAUGAUGGACACCAUGAAAUAAAAUUCUACGCGACGGAAAAGAAACAUCGAUACAUUAUCGAGACUCAUGGCUGCAACAGAGAAGCUGGUUGUGUUGCCGCUUAUAAAAAAGGAAAAGCUAAUGAAUACAAAAAAAUAAAUAGAAACUUACAUUGA